UUUCAUGAAGCUGCAAGAGAAAUAAUCUGGUUAGAAAGAGAAGAGCGAGCCAGGCAGCACUAUGAGAAGCACCUGGAAGAGCGGAAGAAGAAGCUGGAGGAGCAGAGGCUGAAGGAGGAGCAGAGGAGGGCUGCUGUGGAGGAAAAGCGGAGGCAGAGGCUCGAGGAGGAUAAGGAGCGCCAUGAAGCUGUUGUACGGCGCACAAUGGAGAGGAGCCAGAAGCCAAAACAGAAGCAUAACCGGUGGUCAUGGGGAGGCCCGCUCCAUGGAAGCCCCAACAUCCACACUGCAGAUCCAGACAGGCGGUCAGUUUCCACCAUGAAUCUUUCGAAACAUGUUGAUCCCGUCAUUAGCAAGCGGCUCUCCUCUUCAUCUGCAACUUUGCUAAAUUCUCCAGAUAGAGCUCGCCGCCUGCAGCUCAGUCCAUGGGAGAGCAGCGUUGUUAACAGACUGCUGACGCCCACACAUUCGUUCCUGGCCAGAAGUAAAAGCACAGCUGCCUUGUCUGGAGAUACAGCAUCUUGCAGCCCCAUCAACAUCACGCCCUACAAAGCUGCCCAUUCUAGAAAUACGAUGGAUCGACCAAAAUUCUGGGUAACACCACCUGAGGGCCCCGCACGGAGGAGGACUAUUCAUGGCACAGCGGUGAGUAGCUGUCGGGGCAGACAGGCGAGCCUGCUGUUUGUGUGCAGAGUGGGCCCCACCCCGAGGGGCAGUGUGGACGCGAGAGUGAGUGGCGGCACCCACCGUCCCAUCCAUUCCCACCAACCUCAAAUCUGGUGGCCAGGCGGUAGUGUCCCCACACUUUCUCUCCACUCGGGAAUUUUGCUCCCACUCAAAAGUGAAAAGUGAAAACUUCAUUGUUCA